AUGCCACCGAACCGACCACCUCAUAAACGGCAGAAAUCGUCUAUACUGAACUUAGGUGGAAUUCACUUUGUUGAGGAUAAGCAAGAACUACAACAACCUCUUCCUUCGUUUAAUAUUCCGGGACAACAGCCAUUACCUCAACCUCAAACUACCUCAGCCUCGUCUUAUGCCAAUCUAGAUCCGUCAUCUUUCGCUUCGCAACAAGUUAAUGCUCUAGCAAGCGCAAACAGGUAUGAAGAACAAGAUAUGUAUAAUUAUGCUUAUGCACAACCACCACCUUUUUCAAACAUCACGUAUCGUCAAGGACCACUACUUCAGCGCUCUCAGUAUGAAUAUAAUCAAGAGUCUCAAACACAUACACAAAGAGAAGGACAAUCACAUCCUCGAAGAAUCACUUCCACUGGUUCUGACAGAUAUCAAGAAUAUCCCACAACGUCUCUGACAGCACCACCAACGUCUGCUGCAUCCACAAACUUCAAUUAUCAGCAUGCAGGUGCAUACGAAGGUACACAAAACCAGUCAUUAUAUCAGCAUCAACAACAUCAUCAACGGCAGCAGCAGUACCAGCAGCAGCACCAACAACAACAACAACAGCCAAUACCACAUCGUGCACAACAAGGCUAUUACACCGAUCCAAACUUUCAACGACCACACCAACGGAGCUCCUCAUAUGUUCCCGCUCCCGUCACCAACCCACCAGUUGGUGGCAAUCUUGCAUUCAAUCCAGCAUUUCCUCAACUUUCUCCUGUAUACCCCACAUUUGAUUUCAAUUAUUCUAACCCUCAACAGGCAUUAUUCACUGAAUCAUCCACUAGUGGAAAUAGACAGUUUUCUCAUCAGCAGGCACUGCUUUCAGGUGGAUCACUUCAGCCUUCCAUACACGCGUCUUCCAUUGCAUCUGGUCCACCAUCAAUACCAGCGUCAGUAGUAACAACAGCCCCAACUCCAAUACCUGCACCAGCACCAGCAACAGCAAGAACACAACCAUCCAAUUCAAGGCAUCAAAAAAACAAUUUGUCCAUUUCUUCACAUUUGACUUCAAUCACAUUAGGCGGUGCUGGAGGUAACGCACAAGAAAACGUAUACACUAGUCAACAUCCCCGAAGAUUUCAUCGUGAUAAUGAUUCACUACUCAAUGAAGUUUUACAUGAGUUGUUUUCCGUUGAUGGAAACAAUAUGGCUUCAUAUUUGCAUUCAUUGCUUUGCAAAAUCAAUACACGGUUUCCUUUGGACGAUUUUUACAACUUACUUUAUAACAAUGAUCGCCAAAUUCCACUCAGUGCUGCUAAUUUCAACUACAACCUAAAGAUUGAUAGGACUCCUAUUGCUAUGCAUUCUCAUGAUUCAGCUGCCAUUAUAAUCAAUCAAGUGUUGGAUGCUUUUCGAAAUCCAGCAGUUUUGCUCGAGAUUUUUCCUAAUCUAGAUGAAGAAGAAGAUGGUGGCCAAAAUAGGCUAAUGUCUAUCAAUUAUCACGAGUUGCUUCGUACUUUUCUUGCCAUCAAAAUCUUGAAUGAUAUGAUGAUUCAAAUACCACUGAACACGACUGAAGAUCCACUGAAUUAUAGUAUACCCCGUUUGUCAAUAUUCAAGACUUAUUUCAUAAUUUGUCAAAAAUUGAUAACAAGAUACCCUAGUUCAUCAAACACAGCAAAUGAGCAACAAAAGCUAAUUCUUGGGCAAUCCAAGUUGGGAAAGUUGAUCAAGAUGGUGUAUCCCGACAUACCAAUAAAGAGGCUAGGAAGUAGAGGUGAAUCACGAUACCACUACCUUGGAGUUGUUUGGAAUGAGCAUAUUAUCGAUUACAAUAUCAAGCAAUUGUGCGAACAGCAUGAUUUGACAAAAUUGAAUGAAAUGUUUAGUGAGGGUAACCCGGAGCAGCAGGGAUUGUUAUUUCCUCAAGGAAUUCCAACUGAUGUGCAGUUACAUCUUGAAGCAAUUCCAACAGGAGUGGCACCAAAGAAGAGAGGGAGGAAGCGUAGUCGCUCAAGCGGGAAAGAAAAGCCCAUUGUUAGCGGAAGAGGAGGUGAAAUUUGCACACCAGAAGCUGUAACUUCACCCCGAAUGUCCUUCAUUACAAAGAAUUUGAUGUACCCAACUGAGGCUAAUUUCACCGUUCUUGAUAUUGAUGUUGGUCCACCGAAUUGGUUUUCAAAGUUAUUAGACAAAGCUUAUGCAAAAGCCGUUGUGAUUGAUCGAAACUUGAUCACAUUAGUAUUGUUAACUAAUUCCAACUUACUCGAAGGAUCAAGCUUGUUCAACAAUUUGCUAGAGUCCGUGUUUGAGCCAGUUAUGGCCCAUGCUCAAACUAUCAAGAACCUAGACUUGAUACUAUACACAAUCAUCAUACUAGAAAUUUUGCCAUAUCUACUACUAUUUAAACCAUCCGCGGAUAUCAAUUUAGUGACUAAUUUACGACUAAAUCUUUUGUACUUGGUUAACAAUUUCCCAAGUGAAUUGAGUAAGUUGAGUAGCAAAAUAUCGCUGGUCUUUCCCUCGAAUAACGUUGCCAAGUUUUUGCAUUUAAUUAAAAAGUUGAUAGAUUUAAAUGAUUUGUUGAUUACGUUCAUCAAGUUGCUAAACAAGAGGGAGCUCAAUUCAAUGAUGGCUAGUGAAAUUCAACAAUUUCUCGAUGUUAAACCAGCGGGUAUCAGAUUACAAGAAGGGGAGGAUUUUUUGUCAAACAUAAUGCGAAGUAGUGGUGGCACUGGCGAUGGCGCAGGCGGUGGUGAUAGUGGUGGUGGCAUUAGAAUCGACGAUGCAAACUUUAAUUUCAGAACUGAUAUUCUAUUAAACGACUUGAUCCAUACUUUGUCAGGUUUUCGGUAUGAUCCAAAUGCUGUCACUGAUUUGAAAAGAUCGAGUUCUAUCGAUGAAGAAGUUGCCGUACUAGACGAAUUUUUCAGAACUGAUCUUAAAAGGUUCUUGGCCGGAGAAGAUGAGCCUAUAUCUUCGGGAUCGUCCUCAUUGUUGGAACAUACACAGAGAUUGGGAGCAGAUAUAGAGAGCAUGACUUCAUCAAUGCGGCCGGGGUUGCCAUCAUUACACAGUGUAACCCCAAUCAAUCCACCAAUUGGGCAACCUACAGCAGCAAGCUCACUACCAACUAUAUCGAACACCGUAUUGACAACCCAAGAAAUGACAAAAUUAAAAUCAUUACUCGCAUUAAUUGACACGAAGUUGUUAUCAAACCAUUUCAAAUUGAAGUAUCCCAUUCAGUUAUAUAACAACCUAAUCACUUUCAUUUUGAAUGACAUCUUGAAACGAAUCUUUAUCAAGCAACAGCAGCAACAGCUACGAAGAAGUCAGAUGGAGCCUACUGAGGAAGGAAGCAAUGCGCAACCUGCUACCGCCAGAGUUAACUUGAACCUUAAUUCAGGUGAGAGUAGUUUUGGUAGUUGGUGGGUAUUCAACUCAUUUGUUCUGGAAUAUUUGAGUUUAUUGGGAGAAAUUGUGGGGUUGCAGGAUUUAAUAUAA